UGGAGUAUAUAUAAAAAUAAUAAUAAUAAUAAAGUAGGUUUAUUAUUUUAUUAUUUUAGUACAUUAUUAUAACUUUAUGAAUUACAAAUAAUAUACUUACUUUUAUUUUUAUUUUUAUUAUUUUAUUAUUAAUAAAUAAUUUUAAAUAACAGCAUCAAUAAGUUUUAGCUCUUUAAGCCAUUUUAUAUCUUCCACAUUCCUAAACGUAAUAACUCAAACAAUUCAGAGUCGUCCAAUAAUAUAAUAUAGGUCAGCGAGCUCAGUCUACAAAAUAAUUUUUAUUUAGACCGAACAUUAUUUUACGAAAAAAUGAAAAUACGACUUUCUGAUGUUGAAACAACGAAAAAUUUAAAACAUCGAGAUAAUUGUAUUUCGUAACCUAUUAUCAUUAUUAUCAUUAAAAGUAUUCUUUAAAAGUAAUGUCACGAAUUGUUUAAUAUAGAUACGAGAGUGUAAUAGCAAAAUUUUUCGUUUUUAUCGCGCCACAUGUUACAAUAAAUGGUUUCACAGUAAACUGGAAAACGUUAAGAAGUGAAACAUGGUCACCUAUGAUUGCAAUUGCAAGGAUGUUGUAAUUACGGAGGGAAUAUUUGGAGAAGUUUAUGCCGGUGUUUUGUUACUUCACAAAAGAACUAGACUUCUGUCACGGUGAUAAUGACAUAAAAGCCGUUCUUCGUUGCAGAAUCUACAGACGAUAAAGUACGCCGUUAUGACAGUGAGGAAUAUUACGAGGAUAUCGAAUACGAGUGUAAAGGACUCCAGUUGGUGCCAGUAAAGUCAUACACGAUGAUUAAUAAAAAUCGCUUAGAGAUCACCGUCAUUUCCUGGGGUGCCACGAUUGUUUCUAUAAAGUAUCCCGAUAAGUUUGGGCACGUCGCAGAUGUUGUGCUCGGUUUCGAUGAUUUGAAGAGCUACACGAAUCCCAAAAUUAAUCCGUUUAUAGGAUGCAUAUUAGGCAGAUGCGCGAAUCGCAUAAGAGACGGCAGUAUUGUAAUUAAAGGUCAAACUUAUCAAUUAACGAGAAACGAUCUCGGUAAACAUCAUCUGCACGGAGGUACGAAAGGCUUUGGUCGGCGAUUGUGGGAAUCUUAUAUCGAUAAUUGCUCAGUCGUCAUGACUUAUAUGAGCGAGGACGGCGAAGAGGGAUAUCCUGGUGCGGUAUUGAGUACAGUGAGAUUCAGGUUAACACCUGACAAUAAACUGGAAAUAGGUAUCCGGGCGACAACGACGAACUCCACUAUAGUGAACAUCUCGCACGGUUCUUUGUUCAAUCUCGCUGGACAUGACGCUGGUAAGAAGGAACUGUUAAAGCACAAGAUCUCGUUGAAUUGCGAUCGCUGGACCUUCGCGGAUUAUACGGAUCCGAUACCAACCGGCGGUAUUCGAGGAGUCGGGGGAACCGUCAUGGAUCUGCGUAUACCAAAACUUUUGGAGGACUGUAUUGAGAAGGUUCCUUCGGGAGAGGGGUAUGAUCAUAACUUUUGCGUCAUGCCGAACUGGCACGGAGGUAACGCGUUCGUCGCUCGAGCGUUUCAUCUCAAAAGCGGUCGCGUCUUGGAGAUUUAUUCGAAUCAACCUGGCGUACAGUUCUACACGGGCGGCCGUCUAUGCGAUUCUUCCGAGGCUGGCGAUAAUACUGUUGUUGCAUAUGACAGUAGUUCAACUCGUGAAGAAGAGUAUGAAGAAAAAGAAAACGCGACUGAUAAAAUAGAACAAGAUGUGACAUCAGAAUCGUCGAAAUUUAUUUUGGGGAAGCAAGGUGCUCGCUACGCGAAGCACUGUGCUUUCAGUAUUCAACCACAAAACUAUCCAAAUGCCAUUAAUUACUCGCACUUUCCCUGUUCUAUUCUACGACCGGGGGAGAUCUAUACUCAUGAUUUAAUUUACAAAUUUGGCAUUCAAUUGGCUAAUUACAUGACGCGUUGCUAAAUUAGGAAAACGUCAACUUUGUAUCUGGCAUAGAAAAUAUUCGGUAAUGCUAUAAUUAUUAACGUUACUAAAAACAUAAGUAUCCCAAGUAAAAACAUUUUAUUAAUUUAUCAAAACUGGUUUCCAAUAUUAGAAAAAUUACAGAUAU